AUGUGCUCCUGGAAAGAAAUGAGACCCUCUAUUUGCUUGUCCACCUUCCCUUUCAACAGCAACAUGCCCACCGCGAACAUCUCAAACUCCAGAAAAUACAGCCUCCAGAUCCUUGCUCACUGCAAGCAAAACCGGGACUUUGACAAGCUCCUCAAGCAGUAUGAGGCCAAGCCAGACUGCGAGGAGCGCACACUGGAGACCUUCCUCACCUACCCAAUGUUCCAGAUCCCCAGGUACAUCCUGACACUCCAUGAGCUGCUGGCCCACACACCUCAUGAGCAUGUGGAGCGCAACAGCCUGGACUAUGCCAAAUCCAAACUAGAGGAACUGUCCAGGAUCAUGCAUGACGAAGUCAGUGAGACCGAGAACAUCCGCAAAAACCUGGCCAUUGAGCGUAUGAUCACGGAGGGCUGUGAGAUCCUCCUGGACACCAGCCAGACCUUCGUGCGCCAAGGUUCCCUCAUGCAGGUGUCCUUGUCUGAAAAGAGCAAGUCCUCUAGGGGCCGCCUGGGGUCUCUGUCCAUUAAGAAAGAGGGNGAGCGCCAGUGUUUCCUGUUCUCCAAGCAUCUCAUUAUCUGCACCAGAGGCUCUGGUGGGAAACUGCACCUAAUCAAGGGAUCAGAGAACCUUACCCAGCUCACAGACACCCACGCUCACUCUGCUAACUUCAUAUUUUUUUCCACUGGAAAAGCCAAAGGAGCCGGACCAGAGAUAGAACACCUGGAGUUUAAGAUCGGGGUAGAGCCAAAGGACUCCCCACCCUUCACCGUCAUCCUGGUGGCCUCAUCCAGGCAGGAGAAGGCAGCAUGGACCAGUGACAUCAUCCAGUGCGUGGAUAACAUCCGCUGCAAUGGGCUCAUGAUGAAUGCCUUUGAAGAAAAUUCCAAGGUCACCGUGCCUCAGAUGAUCAAGUCUGACGCUUCCUUAUAUUGUGAUGAUGUUGACAUUCGCUUCAGCAAGACCAUGAAUUCUUGCAAAGUGCUUCAGAUCCGCUAUGCCAGCGUGGAGCGCCUGCUGGAGCGCCUGACUGAUCUUCGCUUCCUGAGCAUUGACUUUCUCAACACCUUCCUGCAUUCCUAUCGUGUCUUCACCAAUGCUAUGGUGGUCCUGGACAAGCUGAUCAAUAUCUACAGAAAACCCAUGAGUGCGAUUCCUGCCAGGUCCCUGGAACUCUUGUUUUCCAGCAGCCACAAUGCCAAGCUUCUGUACGGAGAUGCCCCCAAGUCCCCUCGCGCCAGCCGCAAGUUCUCCUCACCACCACCCUUGGCCAUCGGGACAUCGUCCCCGAGCCGCCGUCGGAAGCUGUCCCUCAACAUCCCCAUCAUCACAGGUGGCAAGGCGCUGGAACUGGCUUCGCUUGGGUGCAGCUCCGAUAGCUAUGCCAACAUACACUCACCCAUCUCUCCCUACGGCAAAACCACACUGGACACUGGCAAGCUCUGUGUGGCCAGCAGCUUACCCAAGACUCCAGAGGAGAUUGAUGUGCCUGCCACAAUUCCAGAGAAGCCUGGGGAGCUCUCAGCCUCCAGGAAGCAGAGUAAGUGGAUGCAUGAGCAGAACUACCUUAUUGGCACACAUCACUGCUAG